AUGGCAGACGACAAUCCGGAAGACAACCCUCCCGUCGAAGAGGAGCAGCAAGAAGAACCCACCGCAGAAGAGGAGGCUGAGGGUCCCAAACGCAUCGUCAUUUGCGGUGCUACUGGUCGCCUUGGUGGCUCGGUACUCAGACGCCUGCAAAGCGACGGCGGUUGGGAGAUACGUGCAGUCACCCGUACUCCCGACAGUGACGCUGCCACAGCACUUGCCGACUCUGGCAUCGAAGUUGUCUCUGGUAACUACGAUGAUGAGGAGUCUCUCAUCACAGCCUUUGAUCAAUACUUCGCUGAUGGCAAUGAUGCAACCGCCGCUGGCGAGAAGGAACAGGCUCAGAUGUACACCAUCGCAUCAGCUGCCAGUAAGAUUGAUAGCUUGGAACAUUUCAUCUUGCUGUCGAUGCCUGCCGGCGAGAAGCUCGCGGAAGACCUUCACGUCCCGCAAUUCGACUUCAAGGAUCGUGCUGCUGAUCAAAUCAUUGCUGAUUGCCCGGACUUGAUCCCGAAGACGAACUUCUUGUGGAGUGGGGUGUUCACGAGUAACUUCUGGGAGGGGAAGGGGUUCGACAAGCCGUUUGAAGUGCCCGACACCAACGGCAUCCACACCAUGAUUCACCCAUCCAAACCUAACACCCUCGUCCCCUUCACGAACGUCUCCACCAACAUUGGCGUCUUCGUCAGUACCCUCCUCGCCAAGCCCGAGAUCGCUCUCCCAGCAACGUACAUCAACUGUGUCAAGGAGGUUCUGACAUAUGAGGAUGCUCUCAAAAUCUGGAGCGAAGUCACCGGUCGCACUGCGGUCUACGUCACAGUGACCGAUGAGGACUUCCAGACGCUCUAUGGUCCCGGGUCGCUUGAGUUCGUGCAGCAGAUGAACUUCCUUGCUGCUGCUGUUGGUGACUGGACGAGUGCGUAUGGAGCCUUGGAUCCUAGCUCGGUUAUUGGAGCCGCUGAGUUGGGAAUUCCGGAUGAGGAGUUAGUGGACUUUAGGGGGAGCUUGGAGGCGAACAAGGACAGUUUGUUGUCAUGGUCUCCCCACAGAGAGUACAGAAGGUGGGGACAGAAGAGCCUCAGAGUGCUCAGAAGUCGUCAAGAAGUGACAGUCCAGCUUGGUGUGUGA